CCACUGUCUACAUCUUCCCUCUCCUCCCACAAGGCGUAGAGUGUCUCCCCCCGUUCUGAUUCCAGUUCCCAUUCCCUUCCAUGCGACCUUGAUAUCGCCCCUCUACGGGCUUCGAGACUGGAUCUCUAAUCUACUUCAUCUUCGCUCAAAGACCGUUGGCUGAGAGCUUCAAACCACCCACCGACUGAGAAAUGGCGCGCAAGGACAGGCCCACGCUGCAAUUCUACUACGAUGUAACAUGCCCGUUCGCAUACAUGGGCUCGCUUCGCGUCGAAGCCCUCGCCCGCCGCACCGACGCCGAGCUGAUCUGGAUGCCGGUGCUGCUGGGCGCCAUCUACCGCGAGACGGCCGCGCCGCAGGGCGCCGCGGGCUCGGCGUCGGACGUCUUCAACCCGACCAAGAAGCGGCUGACGUCGCGCGCGAUGCGGCGCACCCUGCAGCGCCUGGGCGUCGAGAUCGCCUGGCCGUCCGUGCACCCGCGCAGCCCCGUGCUGGCCCUACGCCUGCUGCACCACGUCCCCGCGGCACAGCGUCCGGCCCUCACCCACGCCCUGUUCCGGGCCUACUGGGUCGACGACCGCGACAUCACCGACAAGGCCGUCCUCUUAGACAUCGCCCGCCGCAGCGGCAUCGCCAGCGCGUCGCGCCUGACUGAGUCGGUCUUCGACGACAGGGACGCCCAGGACGCCCUCCGCGCGGCGACCGCCGAGGUCGUCGCGCGCGGUGCGCCCGGGGUGCCUGCUUUCUGGGUCGCGGAGGAGACGUGGGUCGAUGGUGGUGGUAAUGGUGCUGCUGGCAAUGGCACGCUGCGCCACGGCCGCCUCUACUGGGGACAGGAUCGCAUGCACUUUGUCGAGGCUGCGCUCCACGCAGUAAGACGCGGCUGCGACUACGCCCAGGUGCCCGAUCUGCCAAGUUUGCAGCCCCGGUGUGUACAGGGGCCCCCGGUCGGCCAGAAAAGAGUCGAAUUCUGGUACGACUUCAGCAGCCCCUGGGCGUUUCUCGGGUGGACGCAGCUGGACAGACUCAAAAGACAGUUCGGCCCGGACGUGGAGAUUGUCAUGAAGCCCUUUUUGCUGGGCGCCUUGUUCAAAGCUGUUGGCGCGCCGAACGUCCCCAUGGCGGCCAUUUCGCAGGCCAAAAGAGAUUACAUGCGCAAAGACCUGGGCGACUGGAUCCGCCAUUGGAACGGCGUCAACCAGCAACGCGGGUCUCACGAUCAACCCAUCCAGUUCCACUGGCCCAGCCAGUUCCCGAUCCGCACGCCCACGGCCCUGCGCUGCGCGAUCGUGGAUCCGAAUCUCGUCCCUCUGCUCUUCCGCGCGUGCUGGGAGCGCGACAUCAACGUUUCCGACGACAAGGUCUUGGCCGGGUACCUCGCAACGGCGGGCUGCGAUGCCGCGGCCCUGCUGAAGAAGGCUUCCUCGCCUCAAGUCAAGGACACCUUGCGAAACAACACCCAGGAAGCCGUCGAUGCCGGGAUCUGUGGCGUUCCGUCGUAUCGAGUGUUCGAGAAGACGAGUGGAGGGUGGGUGCUCGGUGGGGUCGAGGGCGGUGUCGUCUGGGGUCAAGACGAGCUGCCCGUCGUGGAGGACGUAGUUGCCGGCUGGAAGGAGAAGGAAAGCUCCGUCGGAGGCUAUGACAGACCUGCCUCCCGACUGUAA